AGUGGUGGGAGUCGCCUCGGCAGUGAUAGCGGGUGGGUGCGACAUUCAUCAUGCCUACUCAAAGGCAUCGGUACACCUUGGUCGGUUUUUCUGACGAGUUGGACUGGAGAGAGUUGAACUUCGUGGAACCGAUUCCAUGGAGCAAUGUUUGCCAAGCAUGUGGACUGGUAACCAGAGUGACCGCACUCCUGCCUUGCCGACACGUUUUCUGCAAGAAGUGCUACGAACAGCGCCUGAGUAAUGACGGGCAUUGCUGUCCUCUCGAUGGUCAUCUGGUCGCGGCUGAUGACAUCGAAUGGGUGGACUGUCCUGUGCACAACCUGCUCAAACGGAAGGUUAAGUGCUGGAACGAAGACCGAGGCUGCGACAUUGUUUUGCCUGCAUCGGAACUCAACAGGCACUUUUGCAAAGACUGUGACCACCACUCCACUUGCUGUCCGAGAUGUUCGAUGGUUGUACGGUGUAAUUAUGUGUGCACGCACUUGCAGAGCGAGUGCAGGGAUCACGUGAUGUCUGUGGUGUCCGGAAGUCCGCCAAGUAACAUCUCUGGCGAAAACGCAUUGAUGAUGGCUUUGAAUGCAAAUAUAGAGACACGAGUAGGUGAAAUGAAAGAGAGACUAGACCACCUUACAAAUGAAAACAACGUCCAAAGUAACCGCCUUAAUGAGAUUUCACAUAGCAUGAACGCAAUGAGAGAAACGCUGCUUGGGAUAUCAAACAGAACUAGCGCACUAGGCAGCGUUGCGUCCUUCUCAGAAGCAAUUCAUGAAACUCUAAAUGAUCACGGUGAAAAGUUGGAGCAGCUUGCAGGAACAAUAAGCAAUUCACACGAAGCACUUAAGGAAGGCAUGGAGCGAAGUUUGGAACGCCUCAAAGAAGACACAGCAAACUGUUUCAAAGCUGACUUAAGACAAUUUUGUAGUGGUGAGGGUGGUGCACUGACGGUAACCAUUCGAAAAGAGUUGGAGGUUGCCGCGAAAACUAUCCGCCAAGACUGCGCACAAACUGUCGCCAGGAUUGUUGAAGUAAAGGACUGCGAGAAGCAAACCAGUCCAAGUGAAAUAAAUUCUGAAAGAACAGUAGCUCUAAGCAGAAUGAAUGUCAAGCGACACGAAUUCGUUGUAGAGGGAUUCAGAGCCAUGAAAAAGAGCGUUUGCUCAUGUGGAUCUGCUUCUUAUUGGACGGAAAAAAAGUACAUCUCUGGCCAUCACCUGUCGACAGGCGUACGUUUUACGAAAGACGGAGAGCGUGUUUACCUGUACCCUCUCAUUCAGCUGCACAAAGGAGUGAUCGACGACGUUCUUCAAUGGCCGUUCAAAGAAAAGAUUCGGCUGAUCAUUAAACACCCAUUUCAUAACAAAGAGUGCAGAAAGGAGGGAGUACCCUUCGGGCAUUCCUGCGUGUUUUAA